AUGACUAUCACUUUAAAAACAUGCCUCAUCACGGGCUGUUCCAGUGGUGGAGUCGGUGCUGCCCUUGCUGAGGCAUUCAUAGACAAAGGUUACCAUGUUUUUGCAACGGCACGCACGCCAUCGAAAGUGCCUCAAACUCUGCACGAUGCUCCUAAUGUUACGGUACUUGCCCUCGAUGUGACUUCUUCUGAAUCAAUUGCUGCUGUCGCCGAGGAGGUACGGGGUGAUACCGGUGACAGGCUCGAUGUUUUGAUUAACAACGCCGGUGUGGGACUAGAAAUGCCCAGCCUCGAUACCCCCAUCAGCAAAGCGAGGGAAGUUUUUGACAUCAACUUUUUCGCGGCGUUUGAGAUGAUCCAGGUAUUUAGCUCUAUGCUCGUCAAUUCGGGGGGUUGUAUUGUCAAUAACUCAUCUGUGGGCGGUUAUUGCGCCCUCCCAUUCCUUGGUUAUUAUCAGGCGUCUAAAGCAGCCCUCAUUCAAGCAAGUGAGGUCUUGCGGCUCGAAAUGGCACCUCUGGGCGUGCGCGUUCUCACUCUUCUCACAGGUGGGAUCGCAACGAACUUCCUCACCAAUGUUCCAACCCUAGUACUACCUGAAGAUUCUUAUUAUAUCGGCAUCAAAGAUAUUAUCGAGAUGCAGCCCGAGAAGGUCCCGUUUGGGGUGAGCCCAGAGAAAUUCGCAAACGAUGUUGUAUAUUACGUGGAAAAGAAAAGAGCCGGCAAAGUCUGGCUUGGAGGUGCUGCUAAUCUCGCACGUUUCUCAACGUGGCUCCCCCAAUGGAUGGUUGAUCGUUUUGCGUUGAGCCUGAAGCCGUUCGCAGAAAAGCUGGCGGAAACCCAAAAAAAGCUCAAAUAA